AUGAAAGCUGCAAUGUUGUCCUUUGUGCUCGCUCUUACACUCAUCGGAGUCUCCUCUGGCUUCUUCGUCCCCAUCAAGCUAGCGCCGGUUACCAAUAUUACGAGAGGAGGAGCACCGUUAUUCCAAUAUGGAGCCAGUUUCUUUGUCACUAACAUUACUAUUGGAACACCUCCACAAUUAUUCUCUGUAAUUGUCGACACCGGCUCAGCGAAUUUUUGGAUUCCAGACAGCACAUGCACCACUUGUCAAGGGAAACGAUUAUUUAAUAGUGCCGCUUCAUCAUCCUAUACGAGGAGCAAUCGAACGUGGAUGACAAGUAAUCGUUUUGGUAUCGCUGAAGGCUUCGUUGGAAGAGAAACCAUGAGGCUGGCGAUGGAUGCAGCUGACAUGAUCAUAAUCCCAAACACCGAAAUUGGUCAAGCUCUCGAAGUGCCAGCAUUGGUAGCCUCUGUUCCUGGCGUCGAUGGAGUUUUUGGUCUUGCUUUCCAAUCAGUGGCUAGCAGUUUUGUCACACCUCCACUAGUCAACGGCAUUCGCCAAGGUGACAUCGCCGAUUCUGUCUUCUCAAUCUGGCUUGAAGAGCUCUGGCAAACAUCUGAUAAUGGUACCGCUGGAGUGAUUUACUAUGGAGGUUAUGACGGCGUUCAUUGCCAACCCGAUCAUAAAUUCGCACAAUUAUCAGCAGCUGCCUUGUACCAGUUCACGAUUGCUAAUUUUUAUGUGAAUAAUCAAACUUCUACGAGGAGAAUACAGUCCACGAUAAUCACCACAUCACCUUAUAUCAAAGUGCCAGCAAGCUCGUUUGUUCGAAUAUUGAAUCUCUUGAACACUUCAGCUAGCACACCUCUACCGGCCCAGGUCGACUGCAAUUCUCAGCUGCUUCUCACCUUCGAUCUCGGCAAUCAGCAAUUAACUGUUAAUCAACGAAAUCUUAUUUUGAAGAAUGCUGAUGGCACCUGUACGUUGGCCAUGCUCCCUACUGAUGCCAAUGGUUUUGACAUGGGUAACGAGAUUGAGUUGGGAAUACCAUUCCUUCGUGGACGUUGCACAUAUUUCGAUUUGGGAAAGGAGCGAGUGGGAUUUGCUGACGCUAAGUCGCACUGA